CCAAAUAAAAUCUGCUUUUUAAAGUGUGGGGGAUCAAUUGAGCGCACAAUUACGUGCUGCGCGUGCACUAGUUCACUUGCAAGCAUACAGCCCGCGCAGCACCUUGCUUCUGUACUCAUAAGUUGGUCCCUACCGACUUCUAGAAAGAAUGCAAAUGUCUCAUAGGGUCUCGCGGGCAGCGACAGGGCUAGGGUGUCGGCGCUCUGUGGUGGCCGUGCCGGUGGUGGCAGCCCCGCGCCGUAUCUGCAUUCUCGCGGCCAAGAAGGGCGAUAAGGGCGGCAAGGGCGGCAAGGGGGCUAAGAAGUCGGCACUGGCGGACUUGCUGAAGAAGAAGGAGGAGGCUACCGGCAGCGCCGCCGCCACUGAGGGCGCCAGCAAUGCAGUGCCCGCUGACUGCGUGUCUCCAGAGGGGCGAAUGCUGGUGUUCACGCUGGCUGACUCUUACUACCGCCUGACAAAGAAGUACCUGCUGGAGGGCGUGGACUUUGAGAAGCUGCCGGCGGCGCUGUUCCGGGCGCCCUUCGCGCUGCUGGCACACAACAAGUUCCAGGAGGGUGUCAAGGACCCCGUCUAUAUCUACGGCAACCGCGCGGCUCUGGAUCUGUUCGAGAAGAGCUGGGACGACCUGCUGAAGAUGCCGUCGCGGCUGUCCGCGCCGGUGGACGAGUCGGCGCAGACGGACCGCGACGGGCUGCUGGAGAAGGCCGCAAAGACCGGUUACGUCACAGGGUAUGAGGCCUGGCGCGUGUCAUCAACCGGCCGCCGCUUCAAAAUCAAGGACGUGACGCUGUUCAACUUGAUUGACCGGAGCGGCACCAAGAUCGGCCAGGCGGCGGUGUUCAGUCAGUACGAGACCGAGGACGGCGUGGUUCACACCAUCAAGGGAAGCGAGCCGGACGUGGAGGAGGAGGCUGCGGCGGCGGGACCAGCCAUUCCCACACCCGAGGAGAUUGAGGCGGCGGAGGCGGCUGUGGCGGAGCAGGCAGCGCACGUGCGGUCACUCAAGGAGGUGCAGGGCCUGCAAAACAACGACAUCCCAGUCCAGAUCGCCGUCAUGGAGCUGAAGAAGCGGAAAGAGAAGCUGGCGGCGCUACAGAAGGCGCUGGAUGACGCGCUGGCGGCCAGCAAGGCCGCGUUUGAUGACGACGACGACGAGUAAAGAAUGCGUGUGCGCAAUGGGUUGAACAAGUGCCGGCGUGGUGGUUGUGCUGGGUGUGUGUAAAGGAUGUGUCAAGGGCUAGAACGAGUGUCACAGUAGAUUGCGACAUUACAGUAGAGGUGGCGUCAACGGCAGUAUUAGGGCAAAUGGUUCUGGUCCGUCUGUGGUCUGGCCUGGCCUGGUCCGGCAUGUUAUAAGCUGACGUGCAGUUGGCGUAUGGACGAGCCAGGCCUGGUGUAUGUGCAGGGUUGCGCAUGUGUAACCUGGUGCCUGA